CACCAACAAUGAGCUCGACAGGAACCGCGGAUGCAGCUCAGCAACCGAAAACUCACGAGCCCCUCUCGCUGCCGCCUCCGCCAGCAGGCGAGGAGCCCACCCCCAAGCUUGAAGUCGGAUCACAGAUGAAGUUUGACGCGUUAGGACCGUUGGUUGUCAACAGCGACGGGACGCUGUCCCGCAUCGCGAACUGGCCCAAUAUGACCUCUCUCGAGAGGGAGCGGACCAUUCGCGUGCUGACUGCUCGUAAUCAGAUUCGCCUCGCAGACCAGAAAGCAAAGCUUGCUGCCCAGGAAGGGCAAGACUGAGACUGGGAGAGGCAAGACGCGAACUCGAAUCAGUGAAGGUGGUCGAAGCCGAAUAUCAAGACUUGCUGUCAUUGGUGUAUCAUAGCCGAACGUCUUGUAUCAUAGGCAAUCUCUGCAUCGCCGGUCAAGCCAACUGGUGGAGAGCUCAAGAAACG